UUGAAUAAUUUACGGCAGUUGAAUUAAUUUUAUGUGCUUUCGAAGUUCAUGUUUACUGAAUAAAACUAAUAAUUGUUAAAUUAAAUAAUGAUGAUCUCGUAAAAUAAUUAAAAUGGCUUUAAACAAUUGGAAGAAGGUGGAAAACGAAGUUGGUUAUCCGUGUUAUGUAGAUGAAGCGACAGGCAAGCAGCAGUAUGACCAUCCAGAGUUUCAGAAGAUUAUUCAAUCACUGAAAGAGUAUGAUGACAUAAAAUAUAGUGUUUACAAAAUUGCUUUCAAGAUUACUGCUCUACAAAAACACUUGCGCGUUCCUCCUUUGCGCAUAAGUUCAGGCGUGUUCGCACGUCACCAGCUCAGCCUUUCUGAGAGCAGUUUGUCCCUAGACACUGCGGAAUUAGAAGCUGUGCUAGCCGACAUAUACUUUGCAGCAGAGAAGGAAGGCCUCUUUAGCGGGGAUGUUGACUUGACUGUGGAUUUAUUGAUCAAUUUACUAUUGAAUGUUUAUGACAAAGACAGAAAAGAGCCUGUCAGAGUUCUAGCCGCCAAAACGCUUCUAAUCGUACUGAGUGAGGAGCCAGCGUCCGACAAAUGGGCAGCGCUCGCCAACUGUUCUGCAGACCACAACGGGUGCGUCUCGCCGCGACGGUUGUUCGCGUUGUUGACACAUAUCACUGCGCUGCCAGCGUACCUCGGCUGUGCAGCGGAGAACCUGCAGGCUGACGUGGAUGCCUGCUUUGAUAAGAGCGCUGGCAUGCUCGGUGUCAGCUCCCGAUCAGUGGCGGAGUGGGGCGUGCAACACUGCGCCACAGCGCGCUGGCUGCCGCUUUUACACCGCGUAGUGGUCAGCAGAAACAGCGCUAACGUCAGCGCUACUUGCGCUGCGUGUACGCAGCCUCUUAUACAGGUUCUCAAGUUUAAAUGCUCCAAAUGUCAUGAGGUUUACUUCUGUGAGAAAUGCUACUUGUAUGACAAAGAUCUGACGAGUGUUAGUGGGCACAAGAAGACACAUUUAGUACAUGAAAUCCUGGACGGAGAAAUAAAACCCGCUCAAUGCCUAGGCUUCAUCAAAGGCAUGAAGCGUUUCUUCUUCUGCACCCGGACUAAGAAGAAACAAAUAUCCAAAAAGGGCUCUAAGAAGAGUAUAGAUAAGGUCGAAAAUCACACGUUGCGGCGUAAGAAGGAGGGUAAACCUGCGAUGUUCACGUCAACCGUUGGCAAGGCGUCCGGCAACGGUGGGAAUAAUCCAGCUUCGUUGCUCCAAGAUAUCAUUAAUCAGCUGGAAACGCAGAACAAAGCUUUAAAAGAUCUUUCAAGUCAUCUGAGCAGUAUAUCCAAGGAACCGCAGGAAGACGAGCUCAAGGCAAAGGUUGACGCGCACUGGGCGCAUAUAUCGACUCAAAUUAGCAGGCUGAAGGCGUUACGAGAAAACCUAUCAUCAUCACCGCCUACCCUUCCUCUCGAAUCUCAAAAGACAGAAAAAGUGGAACGUCCUCAAGCGUUCGACCUCUUCAGUCCCAUACCAGUCGUCGAGGAAAAGCAGUCAAAAGUCACCGAGAACAUGAAAAAUCAGCCCCGAGUGUUGAGUCUGGAUUCUGGAAACUUCUCCGUGGCUUCCAAACAGACGGAUCUGCUGACGGUGUCUGGGGAUGCUUUGAAGCCUGUGGUGGUGCAUAAUACGUGCGAUACUAUAUCUACUGUGUCUAUGAAUGAUAUCACGCAUUGGUACAAUGAACAAGAGUCAGUAAUGAAGUCUCAAGCAGCAAGAUUAGACAACAACCAGUCCAUCUCGGCCACGGAGCAGAAAUACGCAGCAGAUAUCCGCAGCGUGGCGUCCAGCAACGACAAGAUGAAGGAACUCAAUGCUGACCUGGAUACUGUUCUGGACCGCCUCCAGCAAAUACUCACUAAUAACUUCGCUAUGGACGAUUCGUGCUUCGACAACACAGCGUUACGUGAGACAGCCACCGAGAUGGAAGGCCUUCUGGGUACAUUAAUACGCGGCGUGGAGCAACGAGCCACGCUCAACGCCACCAAGGGACUCGUGUAGAAAAAAACUAAGG